UCAGAGGGAACCUAUUAUCUAUAGAAUAUAAGUUUUGAUUAGGAUUAUAUUUUAGACGUACAGUAAAAAUAUUGUGGUGUCCGCAACAGUUUAACUAUUUUCCUAUGAAUUGUUUCUCUACAUGAAUAUGAUAUCUGACUAAGUUCUGGAUACGACUAUGGACCUUACGACGUGUGAUUAUUGCACUAAUGGGGGUGUAUACCCUGCCUGUGCAUCUAUUUUAUGGCCACCUAAGGCUAAAGUGAUGAAAAUGGGUUCAAAAUCUUCUUCUAAGAAGAGGAAAAACGGUCCUCCAAAAUACAUGGAGAAAAUGUUGUUUAUAAACCAUAAAGAGGAUCAGCAACUACAAUAUAAAUUGGAACAACUUCAUUUGAAAUCACGUGACCGAGAAAUUGAAAUGGAUCUCGCCAAGAAUCGUGUUGAGAAAGAAUGGAAACAAAAUAGCAAGAAACAGAUAACAAUUAGCGAGUUAAAUAAUGCAAUGGGAAAAUAUAACCGAAAUGGAUUUAUACCAGACACAGCGACAAGAGCACGUGCCAGAAGAACGUCUGCUAGAGCUGCACAAGAUUUGUCAGUUAACGAUUAUCUUAUCGAGGAACAUCGAAAACUAUCGUCUGUUAUUCCUGAGAUUUUGACUGCUUUAACUAUCCCUAAAAACCAAAACUCAAAACAGUUAGUCCCAGAUGCUCCUCUUUAUCAGCAAGAAAAUGUGACAGAUUUAGACGUUAACAAAAUUGUCAAGAUGACACACGCAGUCAAAAUACUGCGGAAAAAUAUAUCGACGAGAAUGAAGGCAAAUGAACACCAACCUCCGUUAACUGUGGUUCUUAGACCUUCAAGAAGUGACGGGGAUCUGAAUGUUUAUACAAACGGCGCAUGUGCACUAAUGAAGCGUAAAAUUGACAGGAAACGAAAACAGUCAAAUUCAAAUUAUGAACUCCCGCCUUCUAUGCAGAGGAAACUUGCUGCUCUGGAAAAGCAAAUGUCCGACCCUCGUCGUCAAUCGGUAAUGGCCAGUAUUCCUGACGUUUCAAAAUUGAAGAGUCAACAAAAAAGACAUUCAGUAUGCGUUCCUGCUUUGCAAAGGUCACAGAGCAUAGCAGCACUGCCACCUAUUCCAACAACACCCGGAAUGUUACGAAGUCUCACGAAUGUUUCAAUGAACAGUGGAUUAGAUCAUCGUAGAAAGAAUUCAUCAGAAGGAAAUUCACAGACUAUUGAUGAAGACGAACUCCGAUCAAGACAAAAAAUAGCCAUGGAAAUGGAACGAUAUGAUGCCGUCAGAAAUAAGAUCACAAAUUUCCUAGACAAUAAGAUAAGACAGAUUGACUCUAACAUGUAUAUAGAUGCUAGAUGAUUGGGAGCUUUUCAGUUAAUUGUUAUUUUUUUUAUUAAACUAUUGUUAUUCAAAUGUUGAUAAUUAACCAAAAUAAAUCGAAAUAUGACACUUA